AUGGGUCUAACACCGGUGCACUUCUUCUCCCAUGGGUCCACGCGUAUGCUAGAGGCCGAAACUGAAUCUGGGGACUAUUGGAGAAAAUGUGGUGAAGAGGCACUCGCUCAUGGUGUCAAGGGUGUCAUUUUGAUGGGUGCACACUGGGCAUGUUUAGGUGACAAGAUCGAAGUCGCAGCAAACCCGAACCCUGGUAAAAGCCCAUGUCCAUUCGUCGACCCGGCAUUGUACAAGGAUUGGAAACCCAACCCGGAUAUUGAUGGAGCAGAAAGAUGUAUCUCUAUGCUCGCAAAAGAAGGGUUCAAUGUCAGUGCAAACAGGGAGUUUGAAUGGAUUCAUGAUACAUUCAUGGUGUUGAUCAAAAUGUUUCCAGAUGCCAGUAAAUGUCCACCAACGACCAUUGUGUCAAUGAACGCUCGUUACGACCCAUGGUAUCAUGUGAAGGUCGGAGCCACCCUCCGUCCCUUACGGAAGGAAGGAUAUCUCCUUAUCGGCACUGGAGGAGCCGUCCACAACCUCUACCGUAACUACUGGACCGACAUGCUUUUGUACAGGGAGUCACUCGGACAAGAAAAACCCCCCGAGUCAUGGGCUUUGAAUUUCAGACAGGCCACAGAAGACGUCGUCACCAAGAACCGUGGGCCGGCACUCAGAAAGGCCAUGAUCAGGUUGAUGCAGCAUCCGGCGUACCGCGAGGCCCAAGCCACCGACGACCAUUGGAUGCCUGCUCUGUUCGCGGCCGGUGCGGCGGGUGAUUUUGAGGACGAGGCGGAACCGAACGUCCUCGCGGCAGAGACUUGGGAGUUGCGAAACAUGUGUAAUUCUCAGUUUACUUUUGGUACUUACACAAAUGCCAGUAGCAGUGCUGGCAAGGGGGAUAUGGGGUUGUCGUCAUCAGACAGGAAGAUCAGAGAUGCGAGACCAAGAAUGGUUACUGCUACGGCUUGA